AUGGCUGUUGGAAAGAACAAGAGGCUUUCGAAGGGAAAGAAGGGUCUUAAGAAGAAGGCCCAAGACCCCUUUACCCGUAAGGACUGGUACAGUGUCAAGGCACCUUCAACUUUCCAGAUCAGAGAUGUUGGAAAGACCCUCGUCAACCGUACCACCGGUUUGAAGAACGCCAACGAUGCCCUUAAGGGACGUAUCUUCGAGGUUUCCCUCGCUGAUCUCCAGAAGGACGAGGAUCACGCGUUCCGCAAGGUCAAGUUGAGGGUUGAUGAGGUUCAGGGCAAGAACUGCCUUACCAACUUCCACGGGCUCGACUUCACCUCCGACAAGCUCCGUUCCCUUGUCCGCAAGUGGCAAACUUUGAUCGAGGCCAACAUCACCGUUAAGACCACCGAUGACUACCUCCUCCGCCUGUUCGCCAUUGCCUUCACCAAGAGGCGACCAAACCAGAUCAAGAAGACUACCUACGCCCAGUCUUCCCAGAUCCGUGCCAUCCGCAAGAAGAUGGUUGAGAUCAUCCAGCGCGAGGCCGCUAGCUGCACUUUGUCGCAGCUGACCGCCAAGCUCAUCCCUGAGGUUAUCGGACGUGAGAUUGAGAAGGCUACCACCGGAAUCUACCCUCUACAGAACGUCCACAUCCGCAAGGUCAAGCUCCUCAAGUCCCCCAAAUUCGAUCUCGGUGCUCUUUUGUCUCUGCACGGAGAGUCGACAUCGGAUGAGUCUGGCCAGAAGGUUGAGCGUGAGUUCAAGGAGACCGUUUUGAAGGAAGUGUAA